GUUUUCGUUUGAUAUAGAGACUCCCUAUUCUGGGUUUCAAGACUUGCUGAGCGUUGGUUCUGUACUAAUCGGUAUCCUCUCGAGAAACCUGUUUUUUGACUAACCGAGAAUUCGAGGCAUGAGAGGAAACCUGACAACCGCAUCCAACAAAAACCCUCGCUGGAUUUUAAAUCAGAGUAUCUGAAGGUGUCCUGUUUAGAAUGCAUCAAUCAAAACACAACAACCUCUUCGUGUGCAAAACAGAACUUUUACUAAGAAAUAACGCCUCGAAGCAGGUAAUCUUUUCAUCACCUCAUCUUCAUGUUCUUCGUGUGCCACAAAAACAAAAGUUUGAGUGUAACUGGUCCAACAUUGUUUGUAGAAAAAAUUGAGGUUACUGAAUAGAAGUGUAGUAGCAAAAUGGCUGUGGAGCCCCUAGAGCUGCAGGCCGUCAUCGGCUUUAAGGGUGCGGUUCCGAAGGGCUUGAUCCUGCAUCCCGACAACGAACACCUUAUCUUUCCGCUGGGAUGCACUGUGGUGGUAUACUUGUUUGACUGAUGUUCAAGGCAGUGGAUCUAAACUUCAGUGCAAUGUCGUAACUACCUGGCUUUCUAAUGGGAGUCCAUAUCAAUACGAGGCAUCUAAAAUGCCCGCGGAAUAAAACUGCACGAGUUUCCACGCCUCCUCAUCAAUUUUCUCUUCAGAUCCGGAAUGUCAUUCAGAGGACGCAGAGCUUCUUGCAGGGACACGAUAAUGACGUUAACUGCAUCACCAUCUCAAAUGAUGGCAAGCUUCUUGCGUCAGGUAAGACAGCAUCAAUUUUAUGACCAUCGUAUGGUUCUAUCGUGAUGUUGGCGCGUUUUUUUUGCAGGAAGAAGUGAUUGGAUGAUGAUAUUUCUCUUCACGGCUGAAAGUAGAGUUCCUGCAGGAGAUAUUCCAAAAAAAUCAUGGCGGGAAAAUCAUUUUGGUCUUAAUACAAUCAGGUCAGAAGACGUUUAUGGGCUUCAACGCUGAUAUUAUCGUAUGGGACUUCGAGGGCCGCAAAGAACGAUACAGACUCAACUUGCACAAGGUUGAAGUGAAAGCCCUCUGUUUUUCCUGCAACUGCGCGUAACAAUUUAUGUUUGAUGUUUCGGAACUACUGCUUUUACUCAAUCUUUCUGACUCAUAGCCUUCUUCGGUUUGACUUUCAAGAUUCAUAGGUACAAAAACUUGCAGAGAUCUGUUUUAAACUACAACUACACGCUGUUUAUGAUUCCCAGAGCAAUUAUGAUUAUCACUCGAAGGACAAGCAGUUGUAUUAGCACAUCGUUUUUUUACAUUCGCCUAUUUCUAGGUACCUGGCGUCCAUCGGUGGACAGGAUGACAACAGUUUGGUGGUCUGGGAUAUGGCGAAUGGGUCAGCAAUCUGUGGCACCCCAGCUGCUAAUGACACAGCACAGGCAGUGCAAUUUUACAACAAUGAUCCAUUGCGAUUGGUCACCACCGGAAACUACCAUAUCACAGCAUGGCGCGUCGACUUGCAGAACAAGAAGAUCAGGCCUACACCUGCGUCCCUUGGUACAAGUUUCCUUUGUUCAUAUUCUUGGCUUUAUCACACUUCGGCACAUCAAGAACAUGUUAUUUUUAGCUGAUUCUCAUUCUUCUGUAAUAAACAGAGAUCGACUUUUUGACCCCUCUUGAUCCUAGGUCAGCUGAAGAGGAAGGGAACAAACAUCGUGAUUGACGCAAAUGACGAAAAUGCUUACAUUGGAACGCAGAGUGGAGAUUUGCUCCAGAUCUCUCUCGAGAGGUGCCUCUUCCGGAGAACAGGCGGAAAUAAGAAGAACUUCCCACAAGGGAUUACAGCCUCUCUUAUCCUCGAGAACGGUGAUAUCAUUUGCGGCACAGGCGCAGGACUCUUGGUAUGAUGCAGAACCUUUGAUUUCUAGAUGCAGUUGUAUACAUAGAAGUAAACGGAUGAUAGUGUGUGUUGAUGGUGGAGACGUACUAGUACAUGAAAGAAUAUAUCAAGUCGUACAAAGAAGUUUUAGUUAACGUCGUCAACCGAACCUUGCACAUCGUAAAAAAUCACAGGUGAAGUUCAGCGGAGUAGAUUUGAGCGUUCGCGCGGUUAUGAAGGAACCAUUGAUGGGCGGAGUAACGUCACUCGCGAAGACUGCCGACAACACACACAUGUAUCAUUCGCUACAGCCAAAUUGAAAGUGAUUCUGCUAUGUAGGGUUAUGUAGGGUAAUCUUAGGCAUCAGCGCGCAGUAAUUUUUUGCUGACGAUGAUAAAUAACUGACAUUUAUCAUCGACUCCAAUGAUCGCUUCAUGCAACACACGGCAGGUUCGUUGGAACUGAUAAAGCGAAUAUGUACUGGGUAAACACGGACAGUUUCGCCGCUGAACUGCGAAAUACAUGCCAUUUCGAACGUAUCAACAGUGUUUGCUUUCCGCGACACUUCUCACAGGUUUUUGUAACCUCAUCUUGCAGCGACAUUCGUGUCUGGAACGCGCAACAGCGACAAGAAUUGCUCCGCAUUCAAGUGCCUAAUGUCGAGUGCUAUGGUAAUUUUUUUGUGAGUUUGCUAAUCUAGCUCAAUUUGUUCGGGUCUCGAUUAAUAGGCGAUGCGUCACUCAGAUUAGGUUUUGGCAUCACAGAUUAUCGCAUCCAUAAUUCUGGCUCCAAUAACUACAUGUAGCCGGUAGCUAGAAAAUCGCAACUUAGUUGCAGCUGAUUAUCAGGUAAAGCGGUCUUAGUGGUGACCAGCUCAUUAGUUGAGUGACUAAGUAGUGACUCCGUUACUUGUUAAGCAGCUAGAUGAGACUCGGUCACCCGUUAUGCGGCAAAGUGGUGACGAGGUCACUAGUUGUGCGACUAAGUGGUGACGAGGUCACUAGUUGUGCGACUAAGUGGUGACGAGGUCACUAGUUGUGCGACUAAGUGGUGACUCGGUCACUAGUUAACCGUCUACUAAGCGGCGAUCAGGUCACAGGUUGAGCGACCAAGCAGUGACUUGGUCACUAGUUAAGCGCCUAAGUGGUGACGAGGUCAGCAGAGAAGCGACUCUGCGUGGCGACCCUAUCAGCCUUUCGUAUGUCCUUUGUCUUCCUCGUGUCUGCCCCUUAUCUGCCUCGUGCCUGUCCCCUAUCUGCCUCGUGCCUGGCCCAUAAGUGCCUCGGGCGUGUCCGUCAUCUGCCUCGCUCUUGUCUGGUAACUGCCUCGCACCUGGCCCUUGACUGCCUCGCGCCUGUCCCGUUUAAGUAUGCGGAGCGGUUGGCUGCAGCGUAUCUGCAGCUUAAGUCCCCGAAACUGAUUUGCAGCUUAUCUACAAUGUAGUAUAGAAAUAUGCAAUUUGUUGUAGUCUGCGGCGUAUUUGCAACAGCCUAUCUAUUGUUCUACAAAAGCACAUCGUUUGCACAAAACGUCGGUGACGUGAUUUGACUUACUGACAACAGCAAUCGACUUUUCCGCGGAUGGGAAGGCCAUCCUCACAGGCUGGUCGGAUGGAAAAAUCCGAGCGUUUCUUCCACAGUCCGGACGUUUGAGCUACGUCAUCAACGACGGGCACCGAAAUGGGGUAUUACAACGAGAACUUUUGUUUUUGAGAUGGAAUGAUCCCCGUAUAAUUCUUCACAAAAAUAAUAGGUUAUGGACCAAAACUUGAGCACUGAUAUUGUUUGUUGUGCUAGCAGAAUAGAAUCCUCUUUGUCGACGUCUUUUCCAUCUUUGUCGACGGACCUUAAAACUACUCCCACGCAAUGUCUUAAGAUGGUGAAAAGAAUUAACAUUCUCUACGCAACAAACAGUGCACCGCACUUUCAGCGACAUCAACGGGAACACGACUCGUUUCUGGUGGUGCAGAGGGAGAGGUUCGAGUUUGGCGACUCGGCGGACAGAGUCAGAGUAUGGAGGCUUCAUUAAAGGAGCAUCGUGGACGAGUAUGGAGCAUCUGCCUCACGAAAGAUGAUAAGAAAGUAUUGUCGCUUUACUGUUUCACAAAAAUCCAUCCUGAAUUAGAUUAUAGAAGCUUAGUACUUGGUUCUUCAAAAUAAAAUAUUGUUACAACGAUCAGGCUUCCAAUGUCAAAGACGAUGUUUUUUAUUGGAAUAAGUUCUUGUCAGCAUGUCAUAUUUCAAUUUCCACCAGGCGUUCACAUCCUCCUCGGAUGGUAGCUGUAUCCUCUGGGACUUGGAUGCAAAAACAAGGAGUCUUUGCCUCUUUGAGUCGACGCAAUUUAAGGCGAUGAUGUAUCAUCCAGAUGAAAGUCAGAUCCUUACCACCGGAACAGAUAGGUACUGCUAUCCUACUUAAAUAACUUGUAGCACUUCAAGGUCAACCUUGUUUGGAACGAAAGCAGCGUACUGCAGAUUCACAAUUUUCUUCUUUGAUCCGUACUAGAGGACUGGACCUAAAAACAUAGGGUUUUUUCUCACUCACAACUACAGGAAAAUCACGUACUGGGAUACCUUUGAUGGGCAGGCAAUCCGCGUCCUUGAGGGCAGCGUAGAGGGAGAGUUAGCAACACUCUCAAUGAGCGCCAGUGGUAGUCAUUUCGUGUCCGGUUCGCAGGACCGCAUGGUCAAGCUCUGGGAUUACGAUCUCGGUAUGGCCUCACACGUUGGAAUCGGCCAUAGCGGUACUUUUUUUGCAUGCAUCUAUCUAUUGCACCAUCGAAAGAAAAGGUAGAUUGUUUAACCUAUGCUCUUGACGGUUCCUCUUUAAGGCUGAAGUAUGAAUUGGAAAAACUACUAGACUUUCUGGUCAUAAUGAUUCAUACUUAUAAUUCAGGUACUAUCAACGGUGUCGCAGUAGCACCCGAUCAGAGCUUCGUAGUCAGCGUUGGAGCUGAAGGCGCGAUCUUCAUCUGGAAGACACCGGAGGAGGCACGCGAAAAAAUGUGCGACCUCAGUCAACUGGAUUAAUCAACUCCCUCGUAUGGAGAGUAUUUAGUGGUCCGCUGAAACGUCAAAGCCAUGCUUUUAAGUAAGAAGAACAUUUAGAUACGAGUUUAGAAAUUUGCAGGUGGUAGUCAAUCUUCUUCUGUGGUGUAAUAUACAUAGAAAACGACCACGACACCACAGAAGACGCUGCGUACUGUAAUGAUUCAGAACCUUUAGUAUUUAUCGUAUUCUUGUAACUUCGUCAUCCAAGUAAAAAUAUUCAUUAACCAUUAAAGAGCAUUCGAUAGUCUUCUUGAACUUCAUCGCAGAGCAAAUUUCAGUCUCAAAGUCACUUAUUCUGUUGGUCUGUAUCUACAACGCCCAAGCAGAGGUGCAGCGCUUCCUCUGCAAAAAAUAAUGACAAUGGCUUUCGUGAAGAGGGCCUGAAGUGUAGUAGCAUCUGGAACUUCGUAAUCCGAUUAGAGAAGAUAAUGCGCAGCACAACGAUGAGUUUAAAUACCAUGAGUUGCGCAAUGAGAAUCGGUUUUGUGACGUAAGUAUAUGUUUUGUUUGCUGAAACUUGACCAUGUGGAAUUUACAUACUAGUUUCCACGGAUGAGUGCUGUGGCUGUAAAGAUUAUUCAAUAUGAUUUAAUGAAUUUCCUAUUCAAUCUACGUUACCUACGCACGUAAAUGAUAAAAAAGUUUCCAAUUUCUAUAGUAGUAAUUUCAAUUUCUGAGCAAAAGUGAAACGAAUAUUCUUGACUAGGACUACGAAUGCAAACACACAGAAAAGAUCGUUUGAUUGCUGGAAGAAAAAUAUCUGCGUAGCCGUAUUAGAAGAUCUUCUUGUGACACUUUUGAAAACAAGAGACGGAAGUUGAAAAUUCUUGUAGAGUAAAACUGGCAUCUCUUGAUUGGGAAAGUUGCUGAAAAGAAAAAUGAAUAUGAUACAAUAUAUAACUACACGGUAGCCAGUAACCCUCGCCUACAGCUUGUUGUAGACCCGCGUUUUUCCACUGCGCUCGCAUCGAC